UAGGUGGUCGCGUCGUGGUUUGGCGCACUGGAUAUGCGCACCAAGCAAUACGGAGGAACCCGAUUUCAUAUUUGAUUCCAUAUAUUUCUGCUUCUACUUCUUCUUCUUUUUCUUCUACUUCUUCUUCUUCUUCUUCAUCUUCUCCAUCUGGGAUUACCGCCAGCGAUGGCAGGCAGCAGAGGAAGGAGGAGCAGAGGCUGUGCUGAUAGACAGCUGAGGUACUGCUGGGAUCUUUGAGCAACCAGUGAGUCGCGGCGGGGACACGAGACUCCGAUUCCACUCACGUGUUGUUAUCGCAUUAUUUCAGUCAUACAAAUCCGACAUUGAUAUUUUAAUAUAUUUGUCGUUAAAUGCAUCCUUGUAGUGGCCUGACUGCGGGAGAGCGAGAGAAAGAGGAGAGCGAGGGAGCGAGAGAGCAAUAGAGCCAGAGAGCCAGAGAGCCAGAGAGAGAGAGAGAGAGAGAGAGAGAGAGAGAGAGAGGGCGAGAGAGAGCGAGCGAGAGUGCGCGAGAGAGACAGAGGGAGAGCGAGAUCAUGACGACGGCGAGCCCCCAGCAACAUCUGGACCCAGCGGCGGCAGCAGCACCUAACCCUAUGGACACAGACAUGCUGGGGGGGAUGGAGAGCUCACCCGACGCGUCAACCAAAGUGAAACCCAAAGGGACCUCCGGCAUGAGACGCACCGAGAAGCCUCCUUACUCCUACAUCGCCCUGAUAGUGAUGGCCAUCCAGAGCUCACCCACCAAGAGACUCACCCUGAGCGAGAUCUACCAGUUCCUGCAGGCCCGCUUUCCCUUCUUCAGGGGGUCGUACCAGGGCUGGAAGAACUCAGUGAGACACAACCUCUCCCUGAACGAGUGCUUCAUGAAGCUUCCCAAAGGUCUCGGCCGACCAGGCAAGGGGCACUACUGGACCAUCGAUCCGGGCAGCGAGUUUAUGUUUGAGGAGGGCUCGUUUCGACGCAGGCCUCGCGGAUUCCGCAGGAAGUGCCAGGCUUUGAAGCCCAUGUACCGGAUGAUGAACAGCUUCGGGUUCGGUCCCCCCAUGCUGCAGCAAAACUUUGAUUUCCAGUCGACGUCUGCUGCGUCGUUGCCCUGUCACGCCAACGGUUACAACAUUGACUUCAUGGGGAACACGGUGCCAGGCAACUUCGAGGGGCUAGGAGGGGGGCAUCAUGUCGCACACAUGUCACAGAGCCCCGGGUCAUCGUAUAUGAGUUCAUGCCAGGCCAACUCAAACCCGGAUUAUUGCCCUGAGAACAGUAAUAGCCCAUUGCAAUCGUCCCCUGGAAUGGUGGCAUCUCUGGACUGUCAGUCACCCUAUGCCAACAGCAACUCGCAUUGGGCAGCAUCGCCUUCUGUCCCCACGUAUAUCAAAUCGCAAUCGAUGGCCUCGAAUUCCUCCACGUAUUCCGCUCUGCAUCACUCAGGGAUGUCGCCUUACUCUCUCGACCAGGGCUAUCUUCAUCACGGGGGACGGGAUGGUGCUGACAUGUCAGUGGGACUAUCUCGGUACUCAAGCCAUUCAGCACCAGGGUGCGACAGAAAGGACUUUGUUUUGAACCUCAACGGGAUAUCCUCCUUCCAUCCCAGUACCAGUGGCUCUUACUACCACCAGUUCCCCCAUCAUCACCAGUAUCAAGACGUGAAGCCCUGCCUGAUGUGACCCCAGAGCACUGACCCAACUUUCGUUCCCAAAUUAACGAAAUCCUCAGACUCAUUAUAAAUGAAACAGCCAAUGUAAAAAAAAAGAAUACAUGAAUUCAUAGGGAAUAGCCUAUUAUACUUCGCCGAACGAAUUGCUAUAAAAAGUGAAGUGGCUUGGCAUGAAUUUUUUUUCAGUGUUGGUAUUUCCGAGUGAAUUACAAUUUGUCAAUGUUUGUAUUCAACGCUAUAAAUCCACGGUUGCAUACAUUUAGGUCAAGUAGCCUAUGUAUUAUGUUCAAGCACUUAUUUCUGUUUGAUGUUC